AUGAUGGACACACAGACCUGGCGCGUGGUUUGUCGCUGUCUCCUCCUUCUGGCUCUCGUUGGGUCUACCCGAAGCGAGGGCUUGCAGAGCUGCGAAGAAGUUCGGAAACUUUUCCAGUGGCGCCUGGUGGGACCUGUCAAGGGGCUGCAGGAUUCGCUGCGGGCAGGGCCUGAUCUUCAGGUUUGCAUAGCCAAAACCCCUGCAUGUUGCACCAGGAAGAUGGAGGAAAGUUAUCAAAUCGCAGCUCGCCAAGAUAUGCAGCAGGUGCUUCAAACAUCCAGCUCUACAUUAAAGUUCCUGAUAUCUCGAAACACAGCUGCCUUUCAAGAAACCCUUGAAACUCUCAUCAGACAAGCAGAAAAUUACACCAGUAUACUGUUCUGCAACACCUACAGGAACAUGGCCUUAGAGGCCGCUGCUUCCGUCCAGGAGUUCUUCACUGAUGUAGGGCUCUAUUUAUUUGGUGUGGAUGUUAAUCCUGAAGAAUUCGUAAACAGAUUCUUUGACAGUCUUUUCCCUCUAGUCUACAAUCAUCUCAUUAACCCUGGUGACAUUUCCCUGGAAUACUCAGAAUGCAUCCGGAUGGCCCGCCGGGACAUUAGUCCAUUUGGUAAUAUUCCCAAAAGAGUCCUGGGGCAGAUGGAGCGAUCACUGCUGCCCAGUCGCACGUUUCUGCAGGCGCUGAAUCUGGGCAUUGAAGUCAUCAAUACCACAGACCAUCUGCACUUCUCCAAAGAGUGCAGCAGAGCCCUCCUGAAGAUGCAGUACUGCCCGCACUGCCAAGGCCUGACUCUCAGUAAGCCUUGCAUGGGAUACUGCCUCAACGUCAUGCGAGGCUGCUUGGCACACAUGGCAGAGCUUAACCCACACUGGCAUAUGUACAUCCGGUCAUUGGAAGAGCUGUCGGAUGCCAUGCACGGGACAUACGACAUUGAGCACGUGCUCCUGAACUUCCACUUGCUCGUUAAUGAUGCUGUGGUGCAGGCUCACCUUGAUGGACAGAAAUUACUGGAGCAGGUAAAUAAGAUUUGCGGCCGUCCAAUCAGAACACCCACACAAAGCCCCCGUUGUUCUUUUGAUGGGAGCAAAGAGAAGCAUGGAAUGAAGAUCUUUAUAAGAAAUGGGGAAGAGACACUUGCCAACAGAAGAAAAGAAUUUAUCAACAGCCUUCGACUGUACAGGACGUUCUAUGGAGGCCUGGCUGAUCAACUUUGUGCUAAUGAGUUAGCGGCUGGUGAUGGACUGCCGUGCUGGAAUGGAGAAGAUAUAGUAAAAAGCUAUACUCAGCGUGUAGUGGGAAAUGGAAUCAAAGCCCAAUCUGGAAAUCCCGAAGUCAAAGUCAAAGGAACCGAUCCUGUGAUAAAUCAGAUUAUUGAUAAACUGAAGCAUGUUAUUCAGCUGUUACAGGGUAGGUCACCCAAACCCAGCAAGUGGGAACUUCACAUGGGCAGUGGUGGCGACAUGGCUGAACCGGUCAGUGGGGACUGUGAUGAUGAAGAUGGUUGCAGGGGAUCAGGAAGUGGAGAAGUCAAGAGGACACUGAAAAUCACAGACUGGAUGCCAGAUGAGAUGAACCUCAGUGAUGUAAAGCAAAUCCAUCAAACAGACGGUAGUAGUACUUUAGACACAACUGGAGCAGGAUGUACAGCAACAGCUGAAACUAUGGCAUUGGCUCUGAUGGGUGCAGUGAUGUUACUUCCUGGGUUUUGGUAA